AUGGGAACAACUGUAGCGCCAUGGAAGCAGCUUCUCUUCGGUGCGAUCGAGGCCAAUUCUCACCUUAAACACUCUUCUUACGCUCAGCUCGCGACGAUUGGUGUUAAUGGACGCCCUUCGAAUCGCACAGUCGUGUUCAGGGGAUUUGAAGAGAACAGUGACAGGAUUCAAAUCAACACCGAUCUUCGUAGUCGCAAGAUUCAAGAGCUUAAGCAGUGUCCGUUCACCGAGAUGUGUUGGUAUUUCUCGGAUACUUGGGAGCAGUUUCGGAUCAAUGGAAGGGUUGAGGUCAUUGAUGCCUCAAACUCUGACCAGACCAAGCUUCAGCUAAGAGAGAAGGCUUGGUUUGCUAAUUCUAUUAGGUCAAGGCUGAUGUAUAUCUGUCCUGCGCCUGGUACUCCUUACACCAGUGAGCAACCAAAUCAUCAAGUUAAGUUAGAUCCCUCAACUGGUCCAGUUGCUGAUUACUGUCUGCUGCUUCUAGAGCCAGAAAAGGUUGAUUACUUGAAUCUUAAAAGUAAUCAGAGGCUUUUGUUUUCUUCCAUGAUUAGUGGAACAGGAGACAAGUGCUGGUCUUCAGAAAAGGUUAACCCAUGA